ACUUCUCCCCAUCAUCUGGCUGUAGUGGAGAAGAGUCAGCGGCGGGAGCAUCUUUGGACCGCACAUCAGCCAAGGCACCUCUCUCCUGGAUCGGAUAUCUAGCGGUCCUUCAUGGAGGCCGAGGAGUUCAUUCAGUCCUCCAGCUUCCAGCGGGCCAAUGUUCGCCCGUCGGUCCAUCCUCUUGCUAAUCCCGGUCCAACAUAUGAGACCGGGUCUUCAUCUUCUCAAGCUUGCCGCAAGCGAGUCCGGAACUCCACUCCUCCCCAAGGCUCAAGAGAGUCCGCCGACGUGGCCAUAGGGACUGCUGGAGACAAGCCUCCCACUACGCAGGAUACGACGUUCGCCGAUUUACCUUACCCUUAUGCCCGGGAGUCCCAUCUCUUCACAGGCUACACGGCUUGGGGCGGACGGGACUUCCAACAUCGCCUCUUCGAGAUGGAUCAGUUCCGGAAGGAUCACCCUGAUGUGCUCGAAAGUCCGGCUUGGCCUUUCAUGUUGGAGGAGUACACUCGUAUGGAUGUGGAGGAUAUGAAGUUGGCGAGGGAGGUUUCGGUCUGGCAGUGCUUGGAGCGUGAGCGGUUGAUCCGAGAAGAGGGCGCUCUCCACCGCCGGCAAGCGGAGGAGGAGCUUGAGCGCAGAUGGUGUCAAGAGUCUGAGGAGGCAUCAAGGAAGGCGACGGAGGAGGCCGAGCAAAGAUGGCGUCUCCAUUUUGAGGAGGUGGAACGUCAACUCUGUCGUCAGGUGGAAGAGCUUAACUUAGCUCUUACCAAGGAGAGACGUUCUGCCUACAGCUCGCUCGAGGAGGCUCUUCAUUCCCUUGAGACCAAGCGCUUUACUUACGAGGGGCAUAUGGCUCGAAUCGAGGCGGAGCGCAUCUCAAAGAAUGGCCGGGGUUUCUACAUGGCGGGCUGUCGAGGCAGUAGAGACAGAGAAGAGGAACAGAUCAGAAACUUCAUCUGUAAUAGUGGAGAAAAUCCAUCCUUGAAGGAUGGCAUCAAGCUGGAAGCAUUCAUCAUCAUCGUCCGAGAGAGGGACGACGGAGCUGUUGAGAUAACCACGGAGAUUGAACCGUCGAGCAAGAAGAAGAAACAAACAACUCCACUUUUUGUAGUUUUGUUGAGAGAAGCUGAGUUGUAUAGGUACAUGGAGUUUGACGUUGGAGACAGUGAAAGCCAGAUAUGGAGGUUUUAGGGUUGCAGAUUGAGAGGUUUUAAUAUUCCAUUCCUUAGGUAUUAUUGCAUUUUGUAUCACGGAUAAUGCAGUUCUCCCCCUUUUCCAAUGCAUUUGUAUACUAUCUAGUUUAACAUUUUAGGAUUAGCUGAUUGGGUAUAGAGAAGAGUACCUUUAUUGUCAAAAUCGCACCUGAUUGGAAUUGAGUUUUGGACUCAUGGGGAACAAAUUAAGGUGUUAAUG